AUGAUGGAGAGUACGACAGUGGCCACGCCGCACGCGGAGGUCGCUCCUGCUCCUCCUGCCGCGCUGUGCUGGUGCGACUAUCGCGUGGACGAUGACGCCAACGACAUCGACGCGUUGCUUCGGGACAUACACGCCGUCGUGCGCCCACGCACCCCCGCCGCCGCCGCAGACCUGCCGAUGCCGCCCCCGGAGUUUCUUGCGCGGUCUCGACGACGACACAAUUAUCGCUAUGACUACUACGACAGCGACUUCGAGCUCGAGGCCGUCCUCCGCGGUAUUCCGAGCGUUCGCAUCCCGGCCGGCGGCGGCUUUGCUUCGGUGCCAAACCCCGUGGACGCUUCUGACGCCAGCCCAAGGACGCCACCAGCAGCCGUGGUGCUUCCAGCGCCGCUCAGCUACGGCGACGAUGCCGGCGAGCGCAACGACGACGCGGUCACCAUCAAGACGUCGCCCAAGACGAAGCAGCAUCCGCCGCAGUACGACUACGACGCCGACAUCGACGCCACGUUCCGGACCAUGGAGACAGAGGCCAUGGAGCGGCCCUCGCCGAACUACCUCAGCGAUCGACAGCAAGGGGAGAUGAUGAUGGUGGACCGCGCCGACCUCGUCGAGAAGAUGCAUCGCUUCUCUAGAUACUACGACCUGGCCCCGGGAGCGUUCCACCGCGCAGUCUCCUUCGUCGACCGGUUCCUGUCGGCCAAGAAGAUCAGCGGCGGCGACGAGCGCGACAUGUGCCUCCUCGGCGCCGCAGCCGUCUUCGCGGCGGCCAAGUACGAGGACAGGAAGACCGUGCUGAAUAUCAGCUCCGACCACGUCGCCAUGUACGCCGGGUGCACCAGAGGCGAGGCCGUCGGCCAGGAGCGCGAGCUCGUCGCCGUGCUCGGCUACCGCCUGAGCGGACCCACGGCCUACACGUUCGUCGAUCACUUCAUGAGGCACAGCGAGGAGGAGGAAGGCGCGGCGGCGGUCAGGGCCCUAGCGCACCACCUGGCCGACAUGGCGCUGCUGGACUACAGGUGCGUGGCGUUCCUGCCGUCCGCCGUGGCCGCGUCGGCGAUCUUGCUGGCGAGGAUGGUCCUGUGCUACUGGAGGACGGCGACGCCGGUGGUGGCAGGCUAUACGCUCGAGGAGCUCAGCGGAUGCAUACAGGCGAUAUACGACAUGCAUGAGAACCUGGAGGUUUGGCCAGGGUGCGCCCAGAUGAUGCAACACUGGGAGAUCACUGCUCAGUUCCGCUAUUUCUUGCCUCCCCUGGCCAUGCUGAUUGGCUGA